AUGGAAGACCUCUCGGCAACAGCUGACGAAGAAUUUGACAUGUUGGUCAAAUAUCUGGGUCCGGAGUCAAAGCGCCACGCGGUGUCAUUGAAAUCAGUUUACGUUGAGAAUCCAGUGAUGGGACUGACCAAGCUCUGGACCAGGCUCAACGACCAGUAUGGUUCCCCAGAACUUGUUAAAGCUUCAGUGUUAAAGAAACUUAACCUGCUUCCGAAACUUAACACGAAGGAGCCCAAAACGUUUUAUGACCUGUUAGACAUUCUCCUGGAAGUCCAAGCCUUGAAAGAGAAUCCAAGGUAUUCCACUGAACUGUCCUAUUUCGACUCUUCCGAAGGAGUUCUACCAGUUGUUCACAAACUUCCGUACGGUCUCCAAGAAAAGUGGGUGUCCAGAGCCUCCAGUUUCAAGAGAAACAACGAUCAGAGCUUCCCUCCAUUUUCGGUGUUUGUUGACUUUAUCAAUGAAACAGCCAAGAUCAAGAAUGAUCCUGGUUUAGCCUGUUUGUCUAAUGAGAGGGGUAAUCGAGCAACACCUGCAGUAAGCGUUAUGAAAACUGAUAUAAACAAAACUGCUGCAAAUUCCGGUCAAGGCUUUAAAUGCCCAAUUCAUAAAGCAGAUCAUCUUUUGGUCGAUUGCCGCUGCUUUCUAACAAAGUCUGUCUUUAAACGAAAACAAAUCGUCAAAGAAAAUCGCAUAUGCUACAGGUGUUUGGCCUCGGUUACCCACAGAGCUGCAGAUUGCAAAGUAGAAGUUAAAUGUACCGACUGUGGCAGUCACAGACAUUUGGCUUUGAUGCAUGAAAGCAGAAAAAACGACACUUCAGGUGCAUAUCCUCAUGGCGGGGAGAGGGGUGGUCAUUCACAGUUUAACGUAAAACCAUUAGGUUCUCAGGACUCUGUCCAGACUAAGUGUACCCAAGUUUGUGGCGGGUUCAUUUCACAUGGAAAAUCAUGUGCAAAAAUUGUUCUGGUUAAUGUAUAUGAGAAAACCCAACCCUGUCAACGGCUGAGGAUAUACGCCAUUAUAGAUGAACAGAGUAAUAGGUCGCUAGCUAGUCCAGCUCUUUUUGAAAAACUAGGUUUAAGUGGAGAACAAACUGAUUAUUCUCUGAACUCUUGUUUAGGCAUGUCAAAUGUACAAGGUCGAAAAGUGUCGAAUUGCAUGAUAGAAACAAUUGAUGGCUCUUCUAAGUACUUGUUACCUCCUCUCUUGGAAUGCAGUCAAAUUCCAAAUGCCAGAGAUGAGAUCCCAACAUUACAAAUAGCAACACAAUUUGGUCAUUUAAAGGGAAUCGCUUCAAAGAUUCCACCUUUAGACGAGAAAGCUGAAAUUCUGCUACUCAUAGGUCGGGAUCUCAUUGCUGCGCAUCAUGUCCAUGAACAAAUUACAAGUCCCAAGAAUGAACCUUUUGCACAAAGACUCGGCUUGGGAUGGGUGAUUGUUGGACAAGUUUGUCUGGGACAAAUUCACCAGGACAAGGUGAAUUGUAUGAAAACGUACUUGUUGCCAAAUGGACGAGAAUCUCUAUUUCCUCCAUGCAGCAACAAUUUCAAGGUGACGGAGAGAAUACCUUCUUUAGCUGAUGAUGUUUUUGUUAAAACAAAACAAGAUAACCAAAUAAGUAGGUCAGUAGAAGAUAGAGAGUUUGUUGACAUCAUGAGUAACAAGAUGGUGAAAGAUCCAAGUGGUAACUGGGUAGCCCCUCUUCCAUUUGCUUCGGACAGACCUAAACUGCCCAACAAUAGGUCACUUGCACUCAAAAGAGCUCACAUGCUCCACACAUCUUUAAGGAAAAAUCCUCAGAAACUUGGUCAUUUCUUGGAUUUCAUGGAUGGGAUUAUCAGUAAAGGUCAUUCAGAAAUUGCCCCUCCCAUAGCAAACGAUCAAGAAUGUUGGUACCUACCUCUCUUCGGUGUUUAUCACCCCAAAAAGCCAGACCAGAUAAGGGGGGUCUUUGAUGCAUCUGCCAAGUUUGAAAACUUGUCCCUCAAUGAUGUUCUCCUUCAAGGCCCUGAUCUGAUCAACAGUUUGCUUGGUAUCCUUCUACGUUUUCGAAAAGACAAGAUAGCCAUCUGCGCGGACAUUCAGCAAAUGUUUUAUAGCUUUCUGGUGAAAGAGGAAGAUCGUGACUUCCUCAGAUUCUUCUGGUACAAGGAAAAUGAUCCCAACAAAGAAAUUAUAGAGUAUAGAAUGCGGGUUCACGUAUUUGGGAACAAGCCUUCUCCUUCUGUUGCUAAUUUUGGCUUGCAGAAAACAGCCGCCAUUAGCGAGACGGAGUUUGGUAAGGAUGUUCAGGAAUUCAUUUCCCAGAAUUUCUAUGUUGACGAUGGUCUCGUUUCAUUACCCACUGUCGAGCAAACAGUAGACCUAAUGAAGCGAACACAGGCCGCUCUUUUACAAAAUGGAAAUUUGCGCCUACACAAAAUAGCGUCUAGUGAUGAAAGGGUUCUCAAAGCUUUCCCGCCAGAAGACCUUACUAAAGAUCUUUCUUGUCUGGACCUGUCCAAAGACGACUUGCCCACUCAAAGAAGUUUAGGUCUACUUUGGGUUCUCAAGUCAGAUUGUUUCACAUUCUCUGUCCCUGAUGUUGAAAGGCCUUUCACACAACGAGGAGUGCUUUCUGUUGUGAAUAGUUUGAAUGAUCCUCUAGGCUUUGUCGCUCCAGUCACCAUUGUGGGUAAAUUGCUGCUCAGGUCAAUGACGUCAGGAAACUGUAGUUGGGACGAACCAUUGCCUGAUGAAUAUUUUCAGAAAUGGCUUGAUUGGACUGAUUCUUUAAAGUCUCUGAAAGAUGUAUCAAUAUCUCGUGGUUAUUUUGGUCAUUCUUUAAGCCAGGCCUCAAACAACACUUUGCUUUUGUUCUCGGAUGCUUCAGAGAAAGCAAUUGCUUCAGUUGCUUAUUUGGUCAGUGAGACUGUUGAGAACAGUAAGACUCAAAUUGGGUUUGUUAUGGGUAAAACAAAGGUGGCUCCCACAAAAGGUCACACAAUUCCAAGACUGGAGUUGUGUGCUGCGGUUCUCUCCGCCGAGAUUGCAGAACAAGUUCUUGCUCAGCUCCAAUUUCAUGUCAACGAAGUUAGGUACUUUACAGACAGUAAAGUGGUUCUAGGUUACAUUUAUAACAGGAAAAGAAGGUUUUACACCUACGUAGCUAACAGAGUAGAAAGAAUUCUCAAUUCUUCAAAAUCCUCUCAGUGGUAUUACAUUGACACAAAACACAAUCCUGCGGAUAUUGGCUCCAGAGGUGCGUCUCCAAGUCAGAUGUCUGACUGUAUGUGGUUGAAGGGACCUCCCGAAAAGAUCUUUGUAAAAAUGAAUCAGUCUAGUGAGCAUUUCUGCUUGCAUAACCCAGAUCAAGACAAAGAAGUACGUCCAGAUGUCACAUGUAUGGCCACGAGGUCUAUGGAGGGACAUUCUAGUUUGGAUCCCAAGUAUCUCCAAAAGUUUUCCUCUUUCAGACGUCUGACCAAGACUGUAAGCAACUUGCAACAUGUCUGCAAGUCGUUAAACAAAUCGUGCGAGUGUGUUGGUUGGCAUCUCUGUCCAGAAGCCUCUUCAGCAGAAAAUGUUGAGAGCGCCCAGUGUUUGAUAUUCCGAACUUUCCAGAAGGAAUCAUACCCUAAAGAGAUAGACUGUCUGAAAGAAGGCAUUCCCAUUCCUGCAAGUAGUCCUCUUCUGUCUCUAAAUCCCUUCUUAGAUGAAAAGGGUGUUCUUAGAGUGGGAGGAAGGCUAAGAAACUCAAAAUUGCCAACCCCAGAAAGAAACCCUAUCAUCGUCCAUGGUAGAAGUUAUCUAGCCUUGCUCUUGAUUCGUCACUUUCAUGAAAAAGUUUUGCACCAAGGUAGACAUUUCACAGAAGGCGCUGUUAGGGAAGGUGGAUUUUGGGUCACAGGUGGCAAGAAACAGGUUUCUUCCUAUAUCUAUAGUUGUGUUCUCUGUCGCAAACUCAGAUCAAAAAGUCAAACUCAGCUCAUGGCGGAUUUGCCCGCUGAUCGCCUCACUCCAGCCCCUCCUUUCACGUAUGUAGGAGUAGAUGUAUUUGGUCCCUGGAAUGUGGUCACAAGGAAGACAAGAGGUGGUCAGUCCACCAAUAAACGGUGGGCAGUUUUAUUCACAUGUCUCACGAUAAGAGCUGUGCAUGUUGAAUUGGUGGAAGAAAUGUCUUCUUCCGCAUUCAUCAAUGCAUUGAGACGCUUCAUCUCUAUUCGUGGGAAUGUUUUACAAUUCAGGUCUGACCGGGGCACCAAUUUUGUGGGUGCCACAUCUGAUUUAGGGGUUGACGCUGUCAACAUAGAAGAUCAGCGUGUAAAGGGUCUCCUAGAGGAGAAAGGCACAACUUGGGUCUUCAAUCCUCCACAUGCUUCCCACAUGGGAGGUGUCUGGGAGCGUAUGAUUGGUGUAGUGAGAACAGCCCUAGAUUCCAUACUCACCGGCCAUAAGCUUCAAAACCUCACUCAUGAUGUACUUGCUACUUUAAUGGCCGAGGUGUGUGCUAUUGUUAAUGCACGACCACUAGUGCCUGUGUCACAUGAUGCAGAAGCACCGGAAAUUCUGAGUCCUUCCAUGCUGUUGACCCAAAAGUCAUCCUCGCCUAUCUCUUUCAAUGAAAACUUGUCCAUCAAAGACAUUUAUCGAGCCGAGUGGAAAAGGGUCCAGGUACUUGCAGACCAAUUCUGGGCUAGAUGGAAAUCAGAAUUUCUGAAUAUGCUUCAGAACAGCAAAAGUGGGUCACUUCAAAACCAAAUCUCAAGGUUGGGGAUGUAG